AUGCGCUUUUAUUCCCUCGUGGCAGCUCUGAGCCUAGGGUCAGCAGCUCUAGCACUACGUGGCCAGUUCCCUGUCAACACUGCUGAUGAAAUUGACGUUCAGCCAUUGGAUACCGUCAACUUGAAUGUACCUCCAUAUAGUUCAAGCACUGAGCAAUGGAGGUUUGAAGAAGGCCCUCCCGAGAACGCGACAGGGAACUUGAUAUUCGACACUGUCCAUUCACUCCUGCAACAGUGGCCAAACACUCGGUAUCGUAAUGGACAUAACAUAGUACCAGGAGUGAUUCCAACCGGUACUUUGCUUUAUCACGGCACCGACCGCAAUACGAUACCCAGUGAACCCGACUGGACUGCUACAGACCCAGAGCAUUCCAUUAAUUUCGUUCAUGGAAGGGAUUACGGGAGUGGCUGGCACCUCACGCUGGCAGCAACGCGACCUCUCAAUGUCUUGUACUUUGAUGGAAGUAGUGCUGCUAAGAUAUCCGAGGGUACGAUGGAUACGCAGGAUAUAAUAGCCUGGGGAGAAGUUCAGGCUGAGCGAUACUUCGAUGAAAGACGGCGGAUUAAAGAUCUCUGUAGGUGGGGAAAGGAGUUUGGAAUCGACGGUUUCGCGAGGAUGGAAAUGGACUUUGAAGUUAUGUUGUGCGAUUUUACGGCUGGUGUUGAGGUAGUAUCUUUCCUGCCUCUCCGACUUUUACCAAAGGACAAAAACCCUUCCUUCCCUCGCCUUCCUUCCCCUCCUUCCAUUCCCUCUCCUCGCCUUCCCUCUCCUCCCCGACUUCCCUUUCCUACUCGCCUUCCCUUUCCUCCUCGCCUUCCUUCUCCUCCCCAACUUUCCUUUCCUCCCCACCAGCGCCCUCCACCGGAUUCUGACUUCUGGGUUCACGUAUUUGAAGUCAUGCACUCUGGCUCAUGGCACAAUCGCUACCCAGGGGAUUCUCGCAUUGUGCUCGACCUGACUGGUCUUAUCUCACUGUAUGAUAUCGCACUGGCACCUUCGCUCGUCCCAGUUCGCGCAGGUCUUGAACGGUGGGACCACCGCGUCCUGGGAAUAUCAUCAAACGAUAUAUCCAAGGUGAUGAGAAACCUUACGGAAGUUAUUAGUCGGCCACACACGGUGAACAGCGGCAUUGACUGGAAGACCCUUAUUCACGUCAUUGUCGAUCGAUAUGCGGAUCGACUCGAGUUGAUGGACCAUCUCCUCAAUUUCACUUCGUCAGAAUCGCAAGAAGUCCUUCAGCGAGCGAAGUUCACGCAAACCCAGCUCCGUGUUAUGCUUACGCCGUAUCUAUUAGAUUCCAUCGUCGUCUGUAGCACAGGCGCUUCAGGCGUAGACGCCUUGCGGUGGGCGUCCCCAAUUUUCAGGCUGUGUGCCACAACACACACUUCCGUGAUAGUCAAUCAAAUACCCUUCAUGACGCCUUCUGAACACCUCCUGCUGAAGGCCGUUGAGGAGACAACGAGAGAAAUCUGCCGUGUCACUACGAAAAUGUGGGCUGUAGGUGUCAUGAGCGGGCUCGACACUCUUUUCCCCAUUGAACUGGAUGGAGAGCCUGAUGUCACCCAAAUAAUGAAUGACUGGAAACAAGAUAUCCAGAAGCUGAUGUCUUGGUUAGACUGGAGCAUAUGGAUUAAAUGCCAACCCGGCUGCGGCCCAGAGGAAAUGUGCUAUCUUCCGACUUGGCCCGAAAAUUUCCCCAAGUCGAAGCGCCCACCACCACCACCACCACCUCCUCCUCCUUCGUGGGACCCGCAGAAUAUCAUGGAUACUUCAGAAGGAGACUAUCUUACUGAACCUCCAGCCAAAAUCGAAGAUCCUUUUUUCGUCUUUGAGGCGCCAACGGAGGCAUGGAGGAAGCCUCAACCGAAGUGCAUUAGGCGCCUCUCGCCGUACAGAUUUUGAUCAAGAUGGGCCCGUCUAUCAACGGCUUGCCUCAGACAUACUGGUCACGAGUCUACUUCACACUGUUCUUGCAGUUGUGAGUGAUCUGGACAUACUUCAUUCUAUUAGCCUCAGGCCUCUCAAAGUUUACGUACGGGUAUUACUGAUUAAUGCGGGUAUACGAUACAGCUGUACCCGUGAGGAAUGAACUGUAGGUGAAGUAAAGUAGAAGUCCAAACCUCAAGGCCUCACGUGUGACGUUGUGCAGAAUGGUCGAUGCCGAAGUCUGCCGAACAUGCCAGAGAGCGGAGUGUACUAAGUAGGUAGCUGUAUACGAAAAGUGGGAUUAUCAUGAUACUAUGACAAAUCUAUGAUGGACAGCGUCGAAUAAAGAUACAUCGUUUCUUCAGCGCCUCAG